UCGCAGAGGCAGAGGCAGAGCGGGCGAAGCCGGGGCGCCAUCCUCCUCCUUCCCCAACGCCUCCUCCGUUGCCCUUGCCCCAGCGCCGCCGUCUCCCUCGCUCUCCACUUCGUCCCAAAUCCUUACCUUUCCCCCUUGUACCUCGAACCCUAGAUUGGACCUCCUCCCGAAGCAGCAGCAGUCGCCGUUCCCCUAGAUUGGACCUCUCGACGACUGUCUCGUUGUCCGCAACGACGACCUGCUCGUCAUGUUUGCCGUCGACAAUUUAGAGCUCAAGGCGCAGCGGGAGCACAAGGAGGCGGAAGACGCACCAUCGCAUGAAGUCUCGAUUUGGAAGGUUGAAGAAGAGUUUAGGGAAUAUAUUGCAGCUUAUGUUGACAUGUUGCAUCAAGUGAAUGAAAUGGAGGACUGCCUGGAGUGUGAUUAUUCUUCUCCGUUGGAUCUCUUUGAUAAAUUAAAACCUGAUUUUAAAUCCAAACAUGGUAUUGAUAGCGCCGCUCAUGAUUACGUCUGGACCAUGUUAAAUAUUUUGUCGCGGAAAAUGUCUGUAAAGCAUUGGCAGAGACGGAAUGAACAAAUGUUUCAAUUUUUUUGUGGACUCUUCGAUUUUAAACCUUAUCUUCAGCAUUCAAGUUAUGACGACAGUAUGGUGGAACAUGUGAAAAAUUUAGAGGGAUAUCCUGGUCUUGCUGAUUUUCUUAGGGUAUCUGCUCUUGAGGAGUUCUGUGAAAUUUUGCUGUUGUGGGAGCCUCAAUUCCAUCCUAUGAUCCGUAAGGGCCACGAACAUGUGCUUAGGGAAAUACUUCAUCAUUCGACUUAUCUGGAAAACAUAACUUAUCUGCAGCCAUUGCAACCAGCUAUAGGAGAUUUUCCGGUGCAUUUGGUAACUUACGCAAGAAAUUAUAUUGACAACAUGAACAAAACGUAUCAUGUUGCAAAAGAACAAGCAAGAUUGCAUGAAAAGUUUGAUGCACAUUUGGCUUCAGGUGCGUUAGAUCAGCAUAUCUACAAGGAUGAUGCACUGAAUGCUGUUCUUGAUGAUAAUCUCUUACCCACACAAUUUUCAGUUCUGGAUCAUGAUCUCAUUAAGUUGUCUUUUGAGCGAAGAGCUAAAUUUAUGGACAUGCAAUAUCAACUAAAUUCAUAUUACAAAUGUGUUCAAGAUGCUAUUAAUGACGAGCAGCUGAGAGUUGGACUUCAAAGUUUGAUUGUUGAGCUGGACGAUAAAGGUUUUUUUUGCAUUGCCGAUGAUGCUACCGAUUCGGACAAUGAAUCUCACUUUUCAGAACUUGUGGCUGCAUUCAAGAAGCAAGUUUUCACAUCGUUUCAGCUUCCAGACUAUUAUGUUAUUCGUGGAAUUAUGGAUUAUCGAGCAAUGUCACUUAUGAUUAGCUCAUGCUGCUCAUGGCUCGAUACUUUUGAAGAGGUUGUCGGUGAUGCUUAUCGUAGGUGGAUGCUUAAAAGUCACCUGUUUUGGAUGGACACAAGAUACUAUAAGCACCACUACUAUGAUGUCAUUCAACAACCAUUCGAAAAGAUAUGGAAGAAGGAUCAUAAAAAAAAAGACAUGGAAGAAGGAAUAACAGAUUCAACCAUGGAGUAGAUUGGAUGGACUAGGGUUGACAGUAUGCUGCUACAUUAUCGUAGUUAGUUGAAGUGGCCUCUUUCCUUUAGGCAAGAAAACAUCAGAGGUUGUGUAAAUAAGAAGGGCAAUCCUAAAAACUAUAAAUAAGAGAGAAAUAUAUAUAUUAAUUCAACCGGUGGUUUGGGCGGGUUACUGAACCCAGCCCGUCCAACACAGUUUCAGCUAGGGUUGAAAAUAAAACGGAAACGGACACAAACAUGCUUUA